CCCGAGCGCUCUCACACAAUACUACUGUCCCAUCUGUCGCGUGCCGCCGAUCACGCCGCGCUAGCCGGCGAUUAGUGAGCAUGGCGUCCCUUCGCCGCCUCUCCUCGUCGCCCGCGUCGCUCCAGCUCCGCUCUCUACUCGCCAGACGAAGCUUCCUUCCGCCUUCCCACACCAUCCAUGUGGACCCUCCCUGUCAGCAACUAGAUCGCACUGCCGAGCUGAGAAUCCCGUCGGGUUUAGACGCGUUGAGUUUGGACGCGUCGGGUUUGGACGCGUGGAGUUUGGACGCGUCGGGUUUGAACACCAUUCUCGGUUUUCCGCAUAAUCCGCAGUUUGGCUUGGCGUACACUUCACCUGGGCUGUCUCCGCUUGAGGGUUCCGCUUCCGCCCAAGCGCUGCCGUGGGGGGAGCACGCGGGGGCGGGGUUGGAGUGCGGGCGCGGGGACAAGCGCACGAGGCGGGGGAAGAUCUUCAAGGGGUCGUACGGCAACGCGCGGCGGGACAAGAAGCGCGAGAACCAGCGCCUGCGGGAGAAGUGGGAGCUGCCGCCCGGAGUGAGCGCCGAGGACGCCUUCACCGGGCGGUAAUUGAUGACGUGUCAACACUAUGGCGUGAGCGCGUGGUUGAUGGCUUGGAAGCACGUCCAAGGGGAUAGGAUGCAAGUGCUCAUAGUUAGGCGGCAUGGUCAGGGUACUAAGUACGAGUAGGAGCAAGAGCACUCUACUCUACUAUGCAGGUCGGUGCGAGCCUGGAUUGAUUUCUUAGGGUGCCUGGAAAUCUUGAUGAUGUGUGCUACGAGUUCUCAGGACCUACGUUCUCAGCUCUUGGGUUGAAGCAUGCUCGGUUCAA